AUGUUUUCAAAUCUUUCAAUCAAAGAGCGACAAUAUAUAUUAAAAGAAUUUCCUGAAUUAUCACCAAAUUUAAUAAAACGUUACGAAAAGACGUUUAUUAGAUAUGACACCGACAACGAUGGAUAUUUGGAUGUCGAAGACCUCAAAGGAAUGAUGAUGGUGCGUGGUGUUCCAUGGACUCACUCAGCAAUUGUACGGCUCAUCAAAGACGCAGAUGAAGAUGGUGAUGGGAAACUAAGUUUUCGUGAGUUUCUGAUAACGCAACGCAAAAACGUGGAAUGGGCUCGCCGAGUGUUGUGUGCCCUGCCAGAGAUCGACGUCGGCCGCGUGGGCGUCAAAGGGGCUAAGAAAUACUUCGAAGCCAAACAGCCAUUACCUCCUCAAGCAAACCACAAGAAUAAUAUGUCAUAUUAAAUGAAGAACAAACGAUUAUUGCACAUAAAUAAUACUUCAUACAUAGUGUCUCAAGGUGGUUUUCCUUCCCCCCACACAUCUAUUUUUUUCUGAUAACCUAUUAACUAAUUUCAUUUUAUAUAAUUGUUAUUUGUUACUAAAUUAUAGAAAGCCACAUUCGUUAUGCUAUACCAUCAUAUAUAGGUAGAAGUUUUGUGGUUACUUGAACUCAAUAUUGAAAAAAUUCAAGUUUUUUUGAGUUUCUUAAAAGUUUGAAAUGACCGAUAUUAAUUAAAAGUUAAACUACUAAUUUCUAUAAAGGUUUGGAACUUAAUUAUAUAAAUUCUCAAACAUUAGACAGGUGAAGUAUUGCGCCUAUAUAUAUAUAGGUACUAGUGGUGAGCGUCAAACGACAAUAUAUAUUGGCAAUUGGGUGACAAACACCACAAAGUCCACUCCACAGGUUAAAUACAAGACUAACGUCGAAAAUUUUUGUAACACAUUUUAUAAAUAGCAUUAAAUAAGGAUUCAAAAAUUAAAUGACCGUAUCUAUGAUAAUUUAUUAGCACACGAUUAACGCACUUGUAAAAAUAAAUUAUUAUUAUUGUUAAUAAAUUAUAUAGUUUAUAAUGUAGACACAUAAAAAAGUACUGUUCAUUAAUGUGAAGAAGAUAAAUGUUUAUGAAAUAGUAUUUACAAUUCUUUAUAGUAUUUUGACAACAAGUGUUUUAUUUCAUCAACUAUCCUGAUCAGAACACAUCAAUACAAUAUAUUUUCUAAUAUAUUAUAAAACUUAAAAAAAAAAAAAAAAUAUAAGCCUCUUACUCUUGUAUAUGAGUACAAUGAUAAGGAAGUAAUAUAAUGUUCUAUGACUUAAAAGUUCAUUCAUUUCUCAUAAAUAUUUGAAUUUGUAUUGGUUGAUGGUAAAUAAAGAUACACUCAUAUGGCAUUCAUAAA